AUGUGGAGGAAUACAAAACCUAUGCAUCUUGCCUUCCGAGCACACGAUCGACAUGCUAUAACUAGUUUACAAUUCGAUACCGACAAAAUCGUAGCCGGUAGCGACAAUACCAAAAUCAAUGUGUACGAUACCAAGACCGGAGCGCUUCGAGCAACACUGGAAGGUCACGAACGUGGUGUAUGGGCACUUGAAUACUAUGGUAAUACUCUGGUUUCUGGGUCGACGGAUUGCUCCAUCCGAGUAUGGGACAUUGCGAGAGCCGAGUGCACCCACGUGUUCAAGGUCACACAUCCACAGUACGAUGGUACACCAGUGAUGAUGCCCGAACAACCCCUAAUUAUCUCGGGAUCCCGUGAUACAACUCUACGGGUUUGGAAACUCCCUCACCCAGGCGACGAGGAAUGUCCAUAUCUCCUCCGGGUAUUGACUGGCCAUCAACAUUCCGUGCGAGCAAUCGCAGCCUACGGGGAUACGCUCGUCAGCGGUAGCUACGAUAGUACUGUACGAGUUUGGAAAAUAUCUACUGGAGAAUCGCUGCGCCGGUUAGAAGGCCAUACGUCGAAGCUUUAUGGCGUAUGUUUGGACCAUGAGCGGAACCGCUGUAUCAGUGGAUCAAUGGACAACAUGGUCAAGAUCUGGUCCAUUGAUACAGGUGCGUCGUUAUAUAAUCUUGAAGGCCACUCAUCGUUGGUGGGCGUACUGGACUUGAAAGAAGAUCUGCUCGUAUCGGCGGCUGCAGACUCUACGCUUAGAGUCUGGAACCCAGCGAACGGCCAUUGUCAGAGCACGCUGAGCGGUCAUACCGGGGCGAUUACCUGUUUCCAGCACGAUGGUCAAAAGAUCAUCUCUGGUUCUGAUAGGAACGUGAAGAUGUGGGACAUACGGACUGGUGUUUUCGAAAGGGACAUUCUCACCGACCUCAGUGGUGUCUGGCAGGUCCGAUUCGAUGCCCAGUGUUGUGUUGCAGCAGUUCAACGUGGCAGUAUACUCGACUUCGGCGCAUCCCCUGACGCCGUACCCUCUGGCCAGUUAGGGAAGCGGGUUUUGGUUGAUGAGCUCGGUGAUCAGAUCGAAGGUCCGAAGGGACACGUCUGA